AUGCCGGUGCUGCUGCCGCCGGAGCUGCGGUGCCCCGAGGCGGCGCUGACCGGGGGCGGAGGCGGCGUGGCCGCCGUCAGCCGGAGCGGCACCGGCGCGAGGGCCCGUUGGUCCGUGAGGGAGGCGGGACGGCACCGUCCGGCGCGGCCAUUCUUCGACGCGAGCGACGGGAUCUUCCUCAACUACGCCUGGACCUCCGAGGGGCUGGGCCGCAGCGCUGAGCUCGCCGGGUCGCGGCGCGCCGAUGUCUACGCCGGGUCGACGUGUUCGGCCGGGGGCUGCCCGGGCGCUGAGGGCUACGCCGCCAGAAUAUCCAUGCAGGAGAUCUGGAAUCUGCGUCUCUCCGCUGCCAUCUUCGCCCCGGGCUGGGUCUACGAGAGACACGAGCGCCCAGACUUUCACAACCACCAGCACCGGUUCUGGAGCGUCAUGGUGGAGCACACAAACCCACACAGCGUCUCCACCCUCCCCAUCGCCACCAGCUUCUGCCGGGGGCAGGGACGCAACCUCUACCGGCGCGGCACGGUGUGCCGGGCGGGGCCGUGGCACAACCUGAGCGCCCAGAACCUGCAGCCGAUCUACACGGACACCAGACACUUCAACCCCGAGGGCGCUCCCGAGGGCGCUCCCGGGGUUGCCGCGGUGGCGCCCGCGCUGGAGAGCCACGUGUACGUGCGCAGCGUGACGGACGUGGCGUUCGAGGGGGGCGGCUGCCUGCUGGUGCAAGGGUUGCUUGCUCCUGACAAGGCCCGGCUCGCCGUGCGGCUGCUGAGCGUGAUGGUGCAUGCUCCGCCCACUCUGCUGCUCUCCUACGUGUACCGAGUUGGGGGGAGCAGCAGCGGAGAGGCUGGGGGGGGUGCGGCGGGGGACCCGGUGAGGCUGGGCCUCGAGCUCACCACCAUGGACAGCACCAAGUGCACGUUCAGCAACGUGUCCGUGCUGCACGCACCGGUCACCACGCACCGCCCGACCGCUCUGCCGGUUGGCGACGCGGUCUCGUGUCGGCUGAGGCAGCAGUGUGGGGGGCUGCCCCCCCAGAGCUGGACUCAAAGGUGCUACCUGCUGGAGCUGCGUGACUGCAUGCUGCAGGAUGUGUUCGUCACGGUGGAGAAGGCCCCCGGCGUGUCGGGCCCCGUGUCCUUCCAGUGCCACCUGGGCCUCCUGCAGAUGUUCGACGCGAGCGCGCUGGCGCGGGGCUGGGAGCCGUUUGGCGACGUGGGGCUGUGGGACGUGACCUGGACGAGCGGCGCCGCCCCGGCCUCCCUCCUGCUCAGCGCCACGCUGCGCUGGGACUACCCGUCGCUCCGCCUCGCGCGCUUCCGCGUCUCCUGGAGAACCCUGCCGACAGCUCACGGUGAAGCCGCCGCCGCCGCUACUGCCACCGCCACCGCCACUCUCGACGAAGGAACGGCCGAGCCAGCACUGCUGGGCGAGGCGUUCACCAGCGUGUACCGUGUGCACGAGCUGCUGCUGCCGUCCCAGGUGGGCCCCGGAGAGGCUCUGCUCGAGUUCCUGGUGCAGCCGGUGUCUCUCGAGGGCUUCGUGGCGCCGUGGAACGAGUCCGGGCGCGUGCAGAUCAGCUACUGCGCACCGGCGCGGGAGGUCGGCUGCUAGCGCCGCCGCGGCUGCGGCGGGGGCAACGGCGCCACCUGCCCCAGCGCCACUCGCAAUUACCUACUAUAAUCACCCAGAAAUGUCACUCCACAUGAGGCCCACCCCCGCUCAUUAAUACUCAUGAGUGGGUAUGAUUUUUACACUAACGCAGAGGAAGGGCGAGCUGAAUUAAAUAAUUUAUUACACAAAGCCGCUUCAAACGACGUUUCUUGACAAAAAGUGACGGUAAAAAAAUCUAUGCAGCCGCACAGCUACAUCCGUGCGUGACGUCACUGCAAAAGGGCCACCCCCCCCCCCACCUCAUUAAUAUUCAUGCCCUCGUGGAAAGUUACACUAACGCACAAGGUCGCGCACUCCACAUGCUGCUCCCCUCCCUUUAUUAAUAACCAUGAGCGGGUGAUGUCACUCCACAUGCUGCUCCCCUCAUUAAUAAGCAUGAGGGGGUGACGUCACUCCACAUGCUGUACCCCUCUACAUUAACCAAUAGCGGGUGACGUCACUCCACAUGUGGCAACCCCCCCCUCCCCCUCAUUAAUAAUCAUGAGCUGAACAAUUUUUCUAUUGAAUAUUUCAGAUUUACUGCAAUAUACACCCGUCCUUGGACGGGCAAAAAAGCCAGUCGACAAUAAACUGCUCUUGCAAGAACUCGGUGCCUCCGCUUCGAUGCCUGUGUUUGGUUGCUGUCAGGGCAGCGAAACAAAGCUACUUUCUGGCAGAGGUCGCAAACGUGUUUUGAUUCCUUAGCCUUACCCGGCCGCACCAGGGUCGCAAACGGGUACCCGUACCCGGCCGGGUACGGGUAGCCGGGUAUCGGGUAGGGUACGGGCAUCGGGUACGCGAUUGCGACCUCUGCUUUCUGGGGACUCAACCGGGACACAUUCACUAUUUUAUAAAAUCUGUAUCAGGCAAGGCCCCAAUGAGCAGGUGAAAAAUCUAAACGCAUGUUUCUAAAUGUGGAGGGAUAGACCAGGAAACCCGGAGAAAAAUGCGCACGACAACGGGGAGAACACGCAAACUCCAAAUAAACAGCAGGCGUCAGGGUCGGGAUUGAACCCACGACGUUCUGCAUACCGGGCGAGGGAGUUCACAUUUUGCCACCACGAUGCCCCACACGGCGAGUUGGAUACCCCUCCCUUCGUGCCGACUGCCCACUUUUACAUAACCAUGCCGCACACAGCAAGUUGCCUCCUGGCACUUUCGGAACUAUGACUCCACCCCACUACUCGGGAAUUCCCACCAUUACUCCCGCACGAGUGAAGCAUGCAGUUGGAAUAUUUAAACCGGGGGGUAAAUCCUGAUGUUUACAAUCGUGACCAGAGACACCGGGGGUUGGAAGAGAACUUUCUUACACCAACGGGACCGUCUCGCUCCAAACGCGGGAGAAGUUUGGUAGCUUCGGGCUAAGGUACCACCGGUGUACUCUGCUGGCCGUCGCGUUCAAACCCUGAGGCUUUCCCCUUGACAAAGAUACCAAGCAUCUUCUUGGUUCUUUCA